AUGCGUCUCACUUUGAGAGAAGCGACAGCUUUAUUGCUAAUUGCUCUGCCCAACUUGAUAUUAGCACUCCCUGUCAACACCGGCGCGGACCUCGGACAACUAAUCCCUCUACCAUCAACCUCGGGAGUUGAUAAACGAGCUACAGGAGAAUUAGAAACACUAGUUCCAAUCUCACAGGAGAAGAGAGAUCUCGAGAAAUUAAUUCCUUUCCCGCCGUCAAAUUCGAAGAGAGAUUUGGAGCGGUUGGUUCCUUUUACUUCGGGGUCUUUGGAUCGGGCUUCAAAACAACAACAACAACAACAACAACAACAACAACAACAACAACACAACAACACACAACACACAACACGACACACACACAACACACACACACACAGAGACAGAUAUGUCCAUACCAAAACCGUCAUCGAAACCGUCAUUGAAACUGUCACUGGAGGCAUAGCUAUUCCCGGUUAUCCAGCAACAGCACAUAGUCAAACAAAUAGUGUACACUCCUCCACCCUCACACACCUUUCAUCUACCGUUUCCGCCGUCGCCACAGCACGUGUUUCCUCGCUUGUCGAUACUACUUGUACCGAUAGUACCAUUUCUACUGGAAUCAGGAGUACAAGUACUAGUAUUUCAUCAUCCGUUGCACAUCUAUCUUCGAGUGCCAAAACUGGAGUUUCGACUUCGAAUGAUGGAUCUCGUACAACGAAAGAAAGUAGUAAAACAAGCCCUACCAUUACGUCUUCGAAAUCUUCCGCUUCAGUGUCAGGUACUGGUGAUGUUACAACAAUUAUCCAUUCAAGCACUGCUAAGAUAUACACCACGGUCGAUGCUAGUAGCGAAAGUGAAAGCAAAAGCGGGAGCGGAAGUGGAAGUGGGACGGUAAAAACCUCAAGUUCCUCAAGUACGACGAGUAUCAAGACUGCGAAAUCUACAGCUACAGAUACUAAAAGUAGUGGUGGUGUGAAGAAUAUAUCUACUCCCACUUCUACCGCUACUCCUACUACUGCUACUCCUUCUUCUAAGAUUAGUACACAUAGUUCCGCCACAAGCAGCAAGGUAGAAAGUAAAAGUACUCUUACGAGUUCGGUUAAGAAAACAAGUACGCUUGCUACUUCUACUACUUCUAGGAAAGUGGCGAGUACGACGACGGCUGCGAAACCGGCUAUGACGAGUAAGAUUGUUUAUUCGGGCGUGCAAAAGGUUUUUCCUUUUUCUGUUUAG